UUUGCCUAUUACUGUGUCAGUAUCAUAUAGUUUUAACUAUUUAAUAUAUAAUUAUAACAUUUUAAUAAUCUCCUCUUUUUAAAACUUUUUUCUACUCUCAUAACUACAUUCUUCCAGAUUUACUUUGUAAUCACUUUUCCAAGUGCUAAAACAGACCUCUUGAAAUGGUAAUGGGAUCCUUUAAAAUGUUAUCCAUAGUUAGCCUUUCUAGGUAGGAAAGUGUUUUAUCUUGCCUUUUCUUCAAAUUUAAAAAAAAAAAUGCUCUUCAAUAAAGUUUUAUCAUUUCCUGCAUAUGUUUUCUGAAUAUAUUUAUGUUUAGUCCUUGGUAUUUCACAAAUUGGUGACCAUUAUGUUUUUUUCACUAAUUUUUAUGACCAAGUUUAUAUAUAUUUAAAAAAACAUUAAUUGUAUAAUUUUUAUCAGACAACUUAGUGAAUUCCUUUGUUUUCAUUUCAUUAUCUUGAAUUUUCUAGGAAAACAAAAGUGUCCUUUAUAAAGAAUAAACUUCUCUUCUUUCAUAUUAGUAGACCUUUUUCUGCUUCUUUUCAUAGUAAACUAGCCAGAAUUUUAUUUCCUGGUGACAAUUUAAUAUUUCUCUACAAUAGAGGAAAACAGUCUCCUUAUAUCUGUAUAGUACAUAUAUUAGCUGUAAUAAAAUAAGAACUUCAGGGCAUGCUAUAUAACCUGAAGAAUGUAAGGAAAUGGCACUCUUCCUAUAAACAAUCUUAGCAGAAUGACAAAGAACAUUGGUUGUGGUAUGAUGCUGCCCUCAAGUGGUUCCAUCAAAAAGUGUGGAUGGAAAACGAGACCACAUAAUUGACUUUAGAUACCAGCCAUUUAGUCCCAGAAAUAUCAGUAUGAGGCUCUAGAUAGGGAAGAUGGCUGGAGGAUCUGUGCUUAGAAGCAGAAGGUGGAUAUGGGAUGUAAACUAAUGCUGUUUGGGUUUUUACUAUUAAUGUGAUUUCACUAAUACUUACAGAAUGAAUUAUACAAGUAAACAAACCAUAUUUAACUGUCUCAGAUAAACCCUCCUUAGACAUGGAAUUAAUUAAUUUCCUUUGAUGUGUCAUGGGAAGCUUUCAGGCAUGAGAUUGUUGGGAACUUAAGUCAGAUAAAUAAUAUCUCUUAGGAGGCUAGUUCAUACCACAAGUUUUCUUAUGGCAUAUCAAGUUAGCACCAAGCAAAGGUAUGUUCCCUAGCUGCCUGCAUACCAAUUAUGUAGUUGACCAUAGGAGACGUUAGUACCUGAAAACUCGAUACUAUUCUUUUCUCAUGCCAUCCUUCAUCACUUAACUGAAAAGUCAAUACCCAGAACAAGAAACCAUUACUAUCCUUUCAGGAUGGCUUUCUUUUUUGGGAGCUUGAGUUUUUGAGUACUUCUUCGUCUGAACUUAUAUUUUCCUUUUUCUCUUUCCACUCAGAAACUUAUUGAAGAAUUGCAGGCAAAUUUUUAGUUCCUUCCUGUGACUUAGAAACUGUUAAAGCUGUUAGACAGCCAAGAUUCUAAAGAAACCCAAACAUGGCAGGGUGGAGACAGAGAGAAAUUUAUUCCAGAAAUUAACUGUUAACAGUAGUGUUUCUUAAUAUAUAAGAUAUAUCAUACUCCUUGAGUAUGAUUUUUUGCUAUAUAACUUUCACUGUAAAUAAUUCUAUAGCAACCAUGUAUGAAUAACUUAAGAAUAAUAGAAUCAGUUAGUCUCAUUUGUAGGCACUGCAAACCAUCUCCAUUCCCUCCAUGUCAGAUACUCUGGGGGAUGAAUUGGAGAUAUUAAGAGGUAAAAUGACGCAGAGAAGACCAGGGCCAGCAGAAGUCAAAUACUUUUAUUUCUUUAAAAUUUUGCUUAGGCUACUUCUGGCUAUUUUGAAGCGUUUAUUUAUUGAUGAUGAAGAAAUACUUUUUGUAAAUAAUAGAAAUCACCUACCAACUUUGCAUACUCUCUUGAGUAGACUAAAACUAUUUUUGGUAAAGGAUCCUCUUUUAGAUUUCAAAGGACAGAUCUUCACAGCAGCUAAUUUUUUCAGGGGAUGUUUUUCUCUUCAAGAAGAUUUGGAAGUUUUUGGGAAAGAAGAUUUUUGUAUGGACAAAGAGAACUUUUGUCAGGAGAAACUAGAAGAUACAAUACGUUCAAAUAAGCCAUCACAUUUUCUUAUUGAGUAUGACUUCUUAAUACCUCCAAGCCACAAACAAGAAAUUGAUAUUCCAUCACUCUCGGAACUGAAGGAAUCAUUAAACCUAGUGCCAGAAAUAAUAACCUACGUCGAUGAAAUUGAAAAGCUUUUCAAAAGAGAUCUUACUAACAAGCAUGGAAUUGAGGAUAUCGGGGAUAUAAAAUUGAGCUCCGCAGAGAUUUUGACCAUUCAAAGCCAGAGUGAACCAGAAAAGUGCAGUAAACCAGGAGAGUUAGAAAUGCCACUAACUCCUCUAAACCUAUCAUGGCAACAUUCUUCAGUUAAUUCAUUAUGUGCAGAACUUCAGACAUUUCCAUUAUCUCCGGUUUGCAAAAUUAAUUUGCUUACUGCUGAAGAAUCAGCUAAUAAAUACUACAUGAUGUGGCAAUUAGAAAGCUAUAGAAGCCCUUUGAACUCAUUUUUGCUUACAGUGCCAAGAAUUCAAGAGCCCCACAGCCAAUAUUCAGUUACCGAUUUGAAAAAGAUAUUAUCUGUUAAAGAAGAAAGUCUUAUUAUUAAUCCCGUAAACACAGAGUGGUGGAAACAAGCAGGACUAAAUCUGAAAAUGAUGCAAACUUUGGAACAUCUGAAUACGGAUUUAUGUCUUGAUGAUCUGUCUUCUAAUGACACUAAAAUGGAGAUAUUUUUGCCUACAAAAGUAUUUCAAUUGGAAUCAUGUCUAGAACAUAAAAGUCAUUCUUCACCUAUUGCACUUAUUGAUGAAAAAUCUACAAAUGAUCAUUUAUCACUUCCACAAAAGAGUCUACCUCUGGCAAAAGAAGUACUAGAUCUAUGUUUUUCUGAUGAAUAUUUCUCUCAUAAAAGACCAGCAAAAGAGGAGAAACCAACAAAUGACCAAGAACCAGUAAACAGAAUAAUCCGUAAGAAAGAAAAUAAAGAUCACUUUGAACUUGACUGCAUAGGACCAUCUAUUAAAUCACCUUCCUCUUCAAUAACUAAAAAAGCAUCUUUUGAACAUGGUAAAAAACAAGAGAAUGAUUUAGACCUUUUGAACGACUUUAUUAUGCUACGAAAUAAAUAUAAGACUUGCACCUCAAAGACUGAAGUCACAAACAGUGAUGAAAAACAUGAUAAAGAAGAAUGUUCUUUGACUCUUCAAGAAGAAAGUCCUAUCAUUCAUAUUAAUAAAACCCUAGAGGAAAUAAAUCAGGAAAGGGGAACAGAUAAUGUCAUUGAAAUUCAAGCGUCAGAUAGCCAGUGCCAAGCAUUUUGCCUCCUCGAAGCAGCAGCUUCUCCUAUCUUAAAAAACCUUGUAUCCUUUUGUACUCUCCCUACUGCUAAUUGGAAAUUUGCCACUGUUAUUUUUGACCAAACAAGGUUUCUCUUAAAGGAACAAGAAAAAGUAGUAAGUGAUGCUGUUUACCAAGGUACAAAUGAUGAAAGAGAAAUGACAUUCAAGCAUGCUGCUCUCUUACAUCUUCUGGUAACAAUUAGAGAUGUCCUUUUAACAUGCAGCUUGGACACAGCAUUGGGAUAUUUGUCAAAGGCAAAAGAUAUCUACAACAGCAUUUUAGGCCCCUAUUUGGGUGACAUUUGGAGACAGCUGGAGAUUGUACAGUUUAUUAGGGGGAAAAAGCCUGAAACCAACUACAAGAUACAAGAAUUGCAAUGUCAGAUACUAAAUUGGAUGCAAUGUCAACAGCAAGUUAAGGUACUGAUUAUAAUAAGAAUGGACUCAGAUGGUGAAAAACAUUUACUCAUUAAAAUUCUUAACAAAAUAGAAGGUUUAACACUGACUAUCCUUCAUUCAAAUGAAAGGACAGAUUUUCUGGAAUCUGAAGGUGUUUUAAAGGGUACAAGUUCCUGUGUAGUUGUACAUAAUCAAGAUAUUGGAGCAGAUUUCCCCUGGAAUAAUUUCUCAUUUGUGGUAGAAUACAAUUAUGUGGAAGACUCUUGUUGGACUAAACACUGCAAAGAGUUGAAUAUUCCUUACACGGCCUUUAAAGUGAUUCUUCCAGACACAGUUUUAGAAAGAAGCACAUUGCUAGAUAGAUUUGGAGGUUUUCUUGUGGAAAUUCAGAUUCCAUAUGUGUUUUUUGCAUCUGAAGGACUUCUUAAUACUCCAGACAUACUUCAGCUGCUAGAAUCCAACUAUAAUAUCACACUGGUAGAGAGAGGCUGCAGUGAGUCAUUGAAACUCUUUGGAAGUUCAGAGCGUUACAUAGUGGUGACAAUCGAUGAACACACGGCCAUAAUUUUGCAGGAUAUAGAAGAAUUAAAUUGUGAGAAGGCAUCAGACAAUAUUAUUAUGAGGCUGAUGGCAUUAUCAUUCCAGUACAGAUAUUGUUGGAUAAUUUUAUAUACCAAAGAAACAUUAAAUUCAGAGUAUCCGCUUACAGAAAAGACACUUCAUCACCUAGCACUGAUUUAUGCAGCUUUGGUGUCAUUUAGGCUAAACUCUGAAGAACUGGAUGUAAAGCUUAUAAUUGCCCCAGGAGUAGAAGCAACUGCCUUGAUAAUUCGACAGAUUGCUGACCACAAUUUAAUGACCUCAAAGAGAGAUCCUCAUGAAUGGUUGGAUAAAUCCUGGCUUGAAGUUUCACCGUCUGAGGAAGAAAUGCACUUACUUGAUUUUCCAUGUAUUAACCCAUUGGUGGCUCAGCUCAUGCUAAAUAAAGGACCUUCACUGCAUUGGAUAUUAUUAGCAACUCUGUGUCAACUUCAGGAACUCCUACCUGAAGUUCCAGAAAAAGUGUUAAAGCAUUUUUGUAGUAUCACUUCCCUAUUCAAGAUUAGUUCUUCUUCCAUAACAAAAUCACCGCAAAUUUCAUCACCUCAGGAAAAUAGGAAUCAGAUUAGUGACUUGUCUUCUCAGAGUUCAACUUCUGAUUUAGACUCCGUCAUUCAAGAACAUAAUGAAUGUUAUCAGUAUUUAGGAUUAGGAGAGACAUUGCAGGAAGACACAACCACCACUUCGAAUUACAACUCUUCCAUUAUGGAACUAAAAGAAACGGCAGGUUUUUUACCACCCAUGACUUCAUACAAUCAGACCAGCUACUGGAAAGACUCCAGUUGUAACCCUGAUAAUGUGCAGAAUACUCCUUUUCUAAUUAAUAUAGAAUCAAGGAGACCGACUUAUAACUCCUUUCUAAACCACAGUGAGUCAGAGUCAGAUGUCUUUUCUUUGGGUCUAACACAAAUGAACUGUGAAACUAUAAAAUCACCAAUUGACACUCAGAAGAGAGUGUCAGUUGUUCCCAGUUUUAUAAACUCUCAGAAAAGAAGAACACAUGAAGCAAAUGAUUUUGUAAAUAAAGAAGUAGCUGACCCUAUCUUUUUACUAGAGGGCUCUCAAUCUCCUCUUCAUUGGAACUUUAAGAAAAAUAUAUGGGAACAAGAGAAUCACGCGUUCAACUUACAAUAUGGUACAGAGCAGACUACAUGUAAUAAAUUGUACUCUCAGAAAGGUAAUUUAUUCACUGAUGAGCAAAAAUGUCAAUCAAAUGAGUUUGAAGCCCUCACAUGUGAAAGUUCAAAUGCUGAGACUUUCUGGAGAGAAUUACCAUCUGUCCCCAGUUUGGAUUUAUUUUGUGCUUCUGAUUCUAAUGCAAAUCAAAAAGAAUUCGACAGCCUUUAUUUCUACCAAAGAUCUGGAAAAAGUUUGGGAGAGAAAAGGCACCCUGAAUCUUCAUUUAACUCAGGAGACAAGGAAUCGUUAACAGGUUUUAUGUACUCACAACGACCACAAUUCAAAAAACGACGUCUAGCAUAUGAAAAAGUCCCUGGUAGAGUUGAUGGGCAGACUCGGCUGAGGUUUUUUUGAAGGAGAAGAGCAGUGCUACAUGCUAUAUCCCACUGCUUUGGAUGAUAAUUCACUAGCAAAAUUAUUUAGAUUUGCUCAUACAUUAAAGAAAAUGCAAUUCUUCAUACAUGUCUCAGUGUUUCUGUAUUAAAUAUUCAUAAUAUGUAUUCUGCCCUAUGGUUUGCAUAUUUGUAAGUUAAAUAUUCUAAUAUAUCAAUUAACAAUUAUCAUAAGACCCAAAUUGUCUUCCAGAUACCCCUACACACAAACGAUUUAAAUGAGUCUCCAUUACAGUCUGACCCUUUGAGUCAGGAAGUGAAGAUCAGCAGUUAACCCUCCCACAUCCAAGAAAGUUAAAACCUAGGACAAAAUUGAAGUUAGAAAACUUCCAUUUUAAAGUAUUGUUUUCUGUAAACACAAUUUAAGAACAAAUGACUAAGAGGAAAUAUUUGCAAUCCAGAUCACAGGAAAAAAGGUUUACAUUCCUCAUACACAAAAAAUUCCUACAAAUUGAUAGGAAGAAGACAACCUGAUAGAAGAAUGGGCAAAAUAUAUGAAUAGAUAUUUCCUCAGGAAAAAAACAAAAAUAGUCAAUAAACAUUUGAUACAAUAUGAAGCUUCAUCACUUAUUAAGCAAAUGCAAAUGAAAACAAUUGUUACCAUUUUUUCAUCUAUCAGCCGCCAAAAUUUUUGAAAAUUAAUGCUAUCCAAUGUCUACAUAUUGAAGAAAAGACCACUUUCCUAUAUUGUCUGUACAGCUUCAUUAGAGCACAGUUUGUGUAAACCUACUAAGAUGAAAAGUGAUCCUUUCUUUUGACUCAACAAUCACAUUUUCAGGAAUCUGUCUUAAAUAAAUAUUCAAUUACACAAUGAAAUAUAUAAUUUAUAAUAGGCAAAAGUUGUAGGCAAUAAAAAUGCUAUCAAUAGGGGAAUAGGUAAACAACUUAGACUAUAAAAUAUCAUGAAACUAUUAGAAGAAAGUAAGUCUGGGUGCUCUGACAAGGCAGGAUGUCCAUAAUAUAAAGAGUAAAAAAAAAAAAAAGGUGGGGGGUGGGAAAUAAUA